GGUGGUUAUAGGCAAGAAUUGGUGGCAUGGCUCAAUAACCUACUUUCUCUAAAUAUUACAAAAGUCGAGCAAUGCGGUACUGGUGCUGCGCUAUGUCAGGUCUUCGACAGCAUUUACCUAGAUAUUCCUAUGUCUCGAGUCAAAUUUAACGUUAAUACUGAAUACGCAUAUCUACAAAACUUUAAAGUCCUACAAAACUGUUUUACGCGCCAUGGUAUCGACCGACCUGUCAAUGUUGAGCAGUUGAUCAAAUGCAAGAUGCAAGAUAAUUUGGAGUUCUUACAGUGGACUAAAAAAUUUUGGGACCAAUAUUUUCCGGGUGGUGAUUAUGAUGCGGUAGGUCGACGAAGAGGGUCAGGUGCGCCACCACCAGCAUCAACCGCUACUUCCAGAACUUCCACAAGCGCAGCACGUAGGGGUACCACACCUACAACCGGAGCACGAUUAGCCAAAGGAGGCGUUGGGGCUGCAGCCAUUCAACAAGAGAACAAUACUCUCAAAGAAACAGUACAGGGCCUAGAACGAGAGAGAGAUUUCUACUUCAGCAAACUACGGGAUAUUGAACUUUUGGUUCAGCAAGCUUGUGAGGAAGAUCCUGAAAUCGAGAAGCAAGAAGACGGCUUGAUCAAACAUAUUCAGACGAUUUUGUACUCUACGGAAGAUGGUUUUGAGAUACCCGCUGAAGCCGAAGGCCUUGAUGAUCAGGAAACAUUCUGA